AUGGCCACUUCCAAGCGGUUUCCGACGCUCGUGCAGCUCGGGCAGCCAGAUCAGCAAUUUGAGGAGCUCAGUUAUCUCGACAAACGGCCCUUCUGGUUCAACGCUGAGCACCUGAUGAAUCCGUAUAGAGUUCACCUCGAGGCGUGGCUAGUGGAAGCGAUCUUUGGUCCGGGCGGAGAGCACAUCCCGCACGUCGAGUGUGUGUCACAGACCAUUCUCCGUGUGCGUCGGUUGGACCCCAAAGGCGAGGCGGAGAUCUUGAUAUUUGGGCGGCCUUACUACCAGAAGGACAUAGCCAAGAUGAUCAUGAACUUGGCCGACUACCACCGAAAACGCCGAGCGCAAAGUUCAGAGAAGAGCCAGGCCCCGGAGGCCGGCAGCCAGGAGGCUGCGGACGCUGCCCCGGAGGCCGGCAGCCAGGAGGCUGCGGACGCUGCCCCGGAGGCCGGCAGCCAGGAGGCUGCGGACGCUGCCCCGGAGGCCGGCAGCCACCCGGCCUGGGUUACCAAGCUUUGA